AUGCCAUCUCCUGUCAAGCCCUCGGCGCUCAGAAAACCUAUGUCUAAACCUGACUGGACCAUCACUAGCGAUGAAGUUGAACGAGGAUGCAUCCUAUGGCUUGGAUCCGUUGAAGAGACAGUACAAUCUCAACUUCGACGUACACCAAAUGUUGAACCUAUCCGAAACGUCAAGACCAACAAGUCCGCUAACGCAGGAAUGUACGAGCAUCCAAUACUGGUGGUAUCACGGCCAGCUUCGGAUCCUUCUAGGAUCUACUUCUUACCUGUACGUCCAUCACCCUUAGCAGGUUCGCCGACUGAUUUCUUGCAGAUGACGUCCUUGGGCAACAAAACUCUCGACCAGAGAUACCAGGGCCGCAAAGCUCCCUUCCACAAGUCAACGUUCGUGCCCAUCGCACCCGCACCAGAGCAUCCUCACUUCGUAGCGGGCGACUCACGCUAUCGAAAGCUUACCCUCGUGGGCGGCGAUGAAGCUGAGAAGGCCACAUACGCAAAUGUAAGAGAAUUGUAUGUGAUGGACUGGAGGGAUGCUCAGCUCUACUGGGGAGCUGAUCCAACCGUGAGAAAGAGAUGGCAACUCGAUGAGGCUUCGAUACGUUCGGUCUGCUACUUGGCGGGGAUCUAUACGGGUUUCAGGGUCGAAGAACAGAUGACGACCGGAGAAGAGCGUCGUGAUUCCGCAGUGGGAUUGCAUGAACGUUGCGGCUCCUGGAACCAUUCGACUCUGGAGUUCUCGGCGAGAACAUCUACAAUUACGAUCACUUCUUUACCGUCACCGGUACAACGCCCUGCAACCCAGACUCCACCCAUCACUCCCUUCUCAGCAAACACGACCAGACCUAUCUCGCCACGAAUCGAGCAGCUAUACGACGAGAGCCUUCCACGACAAUACUCGACGCCAGCAGAAGUAGGACCGUACACCGACUCCUACGCAAGCAACGUGGCCGAAGAGCGCCAAGCUCUCCUACCCGGACGCCUUUCUGGAAAUUCAGACAUGGAGCGGGCGUGGUGGAUCCACGGACUGUGUGGGUUCUGGCUCUGUCGGUGA